AUGGAGUUUAAGAGGCUAAAUCCAGCUACAUAUUUAGUUUAUCGCUGUCAGCCAAUUGGCAGGCUGAAACGGCUUGAAAGGAAUUUCGAAUUGCUUAUACAAAUAACUGAAUGUUUGUAUAGCAUGAGGGAUACCAUCAACGAGGAGGUAACCAAAGAACUGAUGUGGGGUAAGGCACCAACUUUGAAAUGCAAAAAAUGGCUUGAAAAGGUGGGAGAAAUUGAAGAUCAAGUGAAUGACAUGUUGAAGAUACAGGAGACGAGUUCUGACCUUGUGAUUCACUCGCAUGUCGGUCUACAUCAGCAUCUGAUGAGUAUGCUCAAUAAGAUUACUGAUCACUUGGAGAAAUCUCCAGGUGCACAUGGUUCAAUGGCUUAUGUACCGCCUGGACAGAGUAAAACAGUAACUAGUCCAAUACUUCAUAGUGAGGCAUAUGGACUGGUACCACAAGAUAACAAGAAUGUGAACUUGCAAAGGAGAGCAGAAGCAAAAGGAGAAGCAAAUGUGGAGAUUGAAAUGUCACCAACACAAGGGAAGGAAGCCGUGAAGGGUAAAGAAAUACAAGAAGGUAAAUAUUUUGAGACCCAAGCAACAGCAUCAAGAGCUGCAUCCAUAUUCUAUAGAAAGAGCCUGCUGGGGUUUAAAUUUGGGGGAGCAACCACUGAAAUAGGUAAACCACAAACAGAGAACAAACGGCUUCAGGCGGGGGUUAUAUUGAAAAAAGAUUUUAAGAAAUCAAGCAAGACUAUCAAUCAGAUGGAAGUUGAUAAUAAUAUUCCACUGCAAAAUGAUGGACGUGAGGCACUGCUUGAAUGGGGAGUUCAUAGCAUAUCAAUUGAGCGGAUGCUGCACGAGAUCUUGGGAUGCAUGAAUAGUGUCACAAUUGGUAGAAUUGCCAUGUAUGGAAUGGGUGGGAUUGGCAAGACUACUGUGCUGAAAGCCUUGGCCAAUCAUGUUGAAAGAAAAAGCACGUUUGAUAAGGUCAUUUUGGUGACUGUCUCAAAACAUUGGAGCACAAGAAAGAUUCAAAAUGAAAUUUUAAGACAGUUAUCAAUGUGCGUACCAGAUUCUGAAACUGAUUCCAGAGUUGCAGAAAAAUUACUUCAAGUUUUAAAUAGCAGGAAGUUUUUGCUUCUUCUGGACGAUGUUUGGGAGUGUUUAGAUUUAAAAGCAGUGGGCAUUCCUGAUUUGAGCUCAGAAAAUGGUUUUAAGAUGAUACUGGCUACCAGAAUACGGGCUGUUUGCAUUGAAAUGGUUGUGAACAGGGUUAUUGAAAUGGAAACUCUCUCUAGAGAAGAAGCUUGGGAGUUGUUCUGUGAGCAGGUGGGUGCAGUCGUUCAUUUUCCAUCUGUCCAACCUUAUGCGCGAGCCAUUGUUGAGGAGUGUGGGGGUUUGCCGUUAUUGAUCAUUGUCACCGGAAGAGCCCUGACAGGUGUAAAUGAUGCUUCAGUGUGGAAGCAUGCAUUGAGCGAACUUUUAUUACCCAGCACAAAUGCUGCAUAUGACACUGAAGCUGUUAUGCAACGAAUGAAAUUCAGUUAUGACAGAUUGAGGGAUUGUGACAUAAAGAGUUGCUUCCUUUAUUGCGCUUUUCUUUCAGAAGAUCAGGAGGUUAAUAUUUAUGAGCUGGUGAAAUAUUAUAUCCAAGAAGGUUUGAUUUCUGGGAAUUGGGAUGAUGCAUGUAAGAGGGGACAUGAGAUAGUUGACAUUCUUGUAGGUGCCUCCCUAUUGCAGAGGACCAAGGGCGGUCUGUCCAUCAAAAUGCAUGCUAUGGUUAGAGAUUUAGCAUCAAUGAUCAUAUUAUCAAAGGCAGAACGUUUGCAGUUUCUGCUAAGACCUUAUUUAUUGUACAGGCCACUUGAAAGCCCCGAAAGUAAUAGAUUGUUGAUUGAUGAAGGUUGUCAGUUCUUGUCGAAAAGUGGUGCAGGUCUGAGGGAGUCGCUACCAGUGGAGAAAUGGGAACAAGCCAAGAUGAUCGCUUUGAUGGAUAAUGAGUUAUCCAGUCUACCUGAAAAUCCAUGCUGCCCUGAUCUUUUAAUUUUGUUGCUUCAAAGGAACAGAUGUCUAAGAGUGAUCCCAGCAGCCUUUUUUGAUCGCAUGCCUUCUCUCGAAGUGUUGAAUCUAUCUAACACCAGAAUAAAGUUCUUGCCACAGUCAAUCUCGAAUCUGAAAAGGCUUAAAAUUCUUAUUUUACGCAGUUGUGAGCGCUUAGUUGUGCUCCCAUCGGAGGUUGGAUCACUUGGAGACCUUGAGGUGCUCGAUCUCCGAGGCACUGAAGUUGACAAAUUACCUGAUGAGAUAGGUAGUUUGACUUCUCUAAGACACUUGGAAGUAUCCUUUUAUGGAUCUAUCAGCCCCAGUGAGUAUGCUAAGUUGCCCCAUCAAUUGAUUUCACCUGGAAUAAUAUCAAAGCUCAUUUCUUUGGAGACAUUAAGUAUUGAUGUAUACCCUGGAGAUCAGAGGUGGAAGAAAAGCUUGGAAUCCAUCACAAGAGAGGUUUGUAGCUUGACAAAGUUGACUUCUCUCUGUUUCAGUUUCCCAGAAGUGGAGCUUCUACAAUUCUUUCUCCAAACCUGUACCAGAUGGAAAAACCAACUCUUAACUAUGUUCAAAUUUGUGGUUGGUGAUGAUGUCAAGCGUAUCGUGUCUCGGGUCCCAAACUUCGUGGUGCAUGAUUAUAAUCAGCAGGGCCAAUGCUUGAGAUUUGUUAACGGUGAGAAGGUGCCUGAUGUGGUUGUUGAAGUAUUAGCUCGUGCUGUUGCCUUCUAUUUGGAUCAUCACCUUAGCAUUCGCAGCUUAUCCGAGUUUGGGGUUAGUAAUAUGAGCAGGCUGAAAUUAUGUAUAUUGAGUGAAUGUCCUCAAAUUCACUCAAUCAUUGAUUGCACAGAACCAACUAGUCAUGCAUUUCCCGCUUUGGAGUAUUUGAGUGUUCAUUACCUGCCGAACUUGGAGAAUAUUUGGGAGGGCGUUAGACCUUUACCGUUUGGAAGUUUCACUAAGCUUAGAAUUCUGCUGGUGUAUGCAUGUCCAAAGCUGAAAAAUGUUUUUACAACAAGCAUGCUAUCAUGUGUCUCUAAUCUGGAAGAGUUGUUGGUUGAAGAUUGCCCAGCCAUUGAAGUGAUCACACUUGAGGAUGAGAGCAUGGAUUCUGGAACUGUUAGACUCUUGAGAUUGAAAAGGUUGACACUAAACCAUCUUCCUCGAUUGGCUAACAUUUCAGAAGGUGCUUGGCCCUCUUUAGAGUAUAUUAGCUUGUAUGGCUGCCCUAAUUGGAAGACCAUUGCUAUGAACUCAAAAGUUGAGGUAAACUGUAAAGAAGAUUAA